CCCCUAUGGACGAAAACAGCCCUCUGUCUCCCAAGGCAAAUGCUUUCAGUAUCGCCUCUCUGAUUUCAGUCGCCGCCGCCGCCGAGCAAGCAGGGAAGGAAGCGCUGGAGGAGCGCCGCGGUGGCCGCAGCAAGCCCGCCCGCGCCGGCCCCCGCCCGCAGAAGAUGCACUUCAGCACCGUCACCAGGGACAUGGAAGCUUUCACGGCCAACAGCCUGAGCAGCCUGAACGCCUCCGGGGGGUACCACCUCUCCCCCUCCCCGGGGGACCCGUACGGACAGCAUGAGCCGCCGCACUACGAGCCCUGCACGGCUCAGCAGCACCCGCACCCGCCGCCCCAGCCGCAGCACGGCUACCCCUUCGCGGCGGGCGCCGGGGGCGCAGCCGCGGGCCCCGCCACCGUCUCGGGCUGCUCGGCGGGGGCGGCCGCCGCCGCCAAGGCGCCCGUGAAGAAGAACCCCAAAGUGGCCAACGUGAGCGUCCAGCUGGAGAUGAAGGCGCUGUGGGACGAGUUCAACCAGCUGGGCACCGAGAUGAUCGUCACCAAGGCCGGCAGGCGCAUGUUCCCCACCUUCCAGGUGAAGAUCUUCGGCAUGGACCCCAUGGCUGACUACAUGCUCCUGAUGGAUUUCGUCCCCGUGGACGACAAGCGAUACCGAUACGCCUUCCACAGCUCCUCCUGGCUGGUGGCCGGCAAAGCCGACCCCGCCACCCCCGGCAGGGUGCACUACCACCCCGACUCCCCGGCCAAAGGGGCGCAGUGGAUGAAGCAGAUCGUUUCCUUCGAUAAGCUCAAGCUGACCAACAACCUGCUGGAUGACAACGGGCAUAUCAUUUUGAACUCCAUGCACAGAUACCAGCCGCGUUUUCACGUGGUCUACGUGGACCCCCGGAAAGACAGCGAGAAAUACGCGGAGGAGAACUUUAAAACCUUCGUGUUCGAGGAGACGCGCUUCACGGCCGUGACCGCCUACCAGAACCAUCGGAUCACGCAGCUCAAGAUCGCCAGCAACCCUUUUGCCAAGGGAUUCAGAGACUGCGACCCUGAAGACUGGCCCAGGAAUCACAGGCCCGGGGCCCUUCCUCUCAUGAGCGCUUUUGCCAGAUCUCGGAAUCCAGUGUCUUCCCCUGCGCACCAGAAUGGGACGGAGAAAGAUGCUGCCGAGAGCCGGCGGGACUACGAGCGGGAGGCGGCGGGCGCGACGCCGCUGCACGCCGACGCCGCGCACCAGCAGCUCAUGUCGCGCGUGCUCAGCCCGGCGCUGCCCGGCGGCGGCGGCGGCGGCCUCGUGCCGCUCGGCGGUGCAGCCGGCGGCCGGCCCAGCCCCCCGCACCACGAACUGCGCCUGGAGCCCGCCGCCUCGGAGCCGCUCCACCACCACCCCUACAAGUACCCGCCGGCCGCAGCGGCCGCCUACGACCACUACCUGGGGGCCAAGAGCCGGCCGGCCCCCUACCCGCUCCCCGGCAUCCGCGGCCACACCUACCACCACCACCACCACCACCACCACCACAUGAACGCGGCGGCCGCGGCCGCGGCGGCCGCCGCCAACAUGUACUCGUCGGCCGGCGCCCCCGCCAACUACGACUACGGGCCCCGGUAACGCCGCCGGCCCGGCGAGGGACUAGCGGCGGCGCCCGCCGCGACCGUUGCCGUCCCUCCCCGUCUUCCCGCCUUUCCCCCUCUUCCCGCCUCACGAGCGAGCUGAUAGGCCGGCUUGACUUGAUCGACAAUCGGAGAGCCCAAUCGCAGGAAGCCGGGGGCGCCGCCGCGUCCCCCCGCGCCGCGGCGGGCUGUGAGGGCGGCGG